GGCUUGGGCUCGGGCUCGGGCUUGGGCUCGGGCUCCUCGACAGCAGGCCUGAGAGACUCGGAGCUGGGGAUACCUGAGAAAGCACACCGUGGGCUGCCCUGGAGGCUGUGAGGCAGUUUGCCAAUGGGGCUGGUGUGCUGCUAGGCAAGGCGAUGGGGUCCCUGCUCCUCCACAGUGGAGAGAGGGGCUGAGCCUGUGUCCUACUCCCAGACACUUAACAUCAGCGGACAGACUGGUGGUGGGAUUGGAGAGGAAAGACCAAGCAGGCUGAGAUCAUGCGAGAUUGUACUCACACCUGGUUUAGCCUCAGACCCACCCUCCGAAAGGUUUCCACCCAUGUGCGCAGGGAGUAGUGAGGUUCCAGGGCACUAAUUCCUCCUCCCUAUAUAAAGGGACCCCAUGCCACGCUUGAGAAAGAUUGAUCGGCAUCCCUCAUUCUGCCUCUCCCUCCUGCACUCUCUCUGCAUCUCACGAUGCCCAUCCUGGUGAACUCCAGCACGGCCGCUUUCCCUCUUGAGAAGAACAGCACGCCGGGGCCCUUCGAUGGGCCCCAGUGGCCUCACCAGGCCCCCCGCAGCACCUACCUCAUGGUGGCCGUGCUGAUGGGCACGGUUGUGGUGCUGGCCUCCUUCGUCAACGGCCUCGUCAUCCUGGUCUCCCUGCGCUACAAGAAGCUGCGCUCCCCUCUCAACUACAUCCUGGUCAACUUGGCGGUGGCCGACCUCCUGGUGACCCUCUUUGGGAGCACGGUCAGCUUUUCUAACAACGUCAACGGCUAUUUCAUCCUGGGCAAGUCUGUGUGCGAGUUCGAAGGCUUCAUGGUCUCUCUCACAGGGAUUGUAGGACUCUGGUCCCUGGCGAUCCUAGCAUUUGAACGCUACAUUGUCAUCUGUAAGCCAAUGGGAGACUUCCGCUUCCAACAGAGGCACGCUGUAAUUGGCUGUGGGUUCACAUGGGUGUGGUCUCUGAUUUGGACAGCACCUCCCCUUUUUGGAUGGAGCAGCUAUGUCCCAGAAGGGCUUCGGACGUCUUGCGGGCCAAACUGGUACACUGGCGGUUCCAACAACAACUCCUACAUCAUGAUGCUGUUCAUCACCUGUUUCAUUAUGCCUCUAAGCAUGAUCCUCUUCUCCUACGCCACCCUGCUGAUCACCCUCCGAGCUGUGGCAGCACAACAAAAGGAGUCGGAGACCACCCAGCGGGCCGAGCGGGAGGUGACCCGCAUGGUGAUCGCCAUGGUGAUGGCCUUCCUCGUCUGCUGGUUGCCAUAUGCCACCUUUGCCAUGGUCGUGGCCAUCGACAAGAACAUCGUGAUCCAGCCCACGCUGGCGUCCAUGCCCUCCUACUUCUCCAAAACCGCCACCGUCUACAACCCCGUCAUCUACGUCUUCAUGAAUAAGCAGUUUCGAAACUGCAUGCUGACGAUGAUGUGCUGUGGACGCAACCCUUUCGCCACUGAAGAGGACAGCUCAGUCACAGGCACCAGUACGGCUGGCAAGACCGAGAUCUCCUCUGUCUCUUCAGGAGGGAGCAGCAAGGUCACCCCUGCUUAACAUCCAGAAACUAACCACAACCCCUUUCAAAGGACAGAAGUCGGAGUGUGCCGCAGAGCUUAGGCGAUUCCCUCAUUCAUAUUUUCUGUAAACUAGUUUCGUUUACAGCUGUCCUACAAGCUGCCUACUCCCGCAACAUAACCAGUCCACCCACUUUACUCUUAAACCCUUCUGCUAGAGCGUGCCUCCACACGCAGACAAGCUCAAGACAAGAGCACUGGCCCUGCUGCUUGAUCAAGAGAGUAGUGUCCUGGUUUAAGAACUGUCUGAAAAGCUCUAACAAACUCCAUAGUUUGUUACUCAUAGCAAAAAAAAAAUACCAACUUAAAAACGGUUUGGGUUUUUACACAGGCGAUGCACAUAAGGUUUAACAAAUAUCUACUGUAGGUGCUUCCAUUUCUGUGCAUCACAAUUUAUUCACAUAAAUAUAAUUCCAUGCAGUCCCAAUCCUGCUGACCAAAUAUCUCUUCCAAAUAUUUAUUAAAAGCAAAAAUACACAUUUAACCCAAAAGCCAGAAAAAGCAACCAUCAUUUUAACGUUAUCGUUCUGUUUUCUUUCUUUUUUUCAAAACAACACAUACUAAUGACUACAGUAAAAUGCUCUUGGGAUAUUUAAAGUACUAUUUUUCCCUUCCUUAGCUUUUAGAAUGCUAUGAACAGCUUUGGCUUCUUUACAUUUCAGAUGCUGUCUCUCAAUAUUGAGUGACCUGUCACCCAUUUCAGCUAAGGCAUGGGUACACAUGGGGAAAAUGCCAUUUCAUUAUCUUAACUGCGACAAGCAAACAGGUCAGCAAAUCUCACAUGUAAUUCUGAUGAACUGUGAGCUAGGAAACCUGCCAAAGGCAGAACAGAGAGACACUACGCCUUUUACACUGACUACAAGAGAGCAUCUUUAGGGUUGUCCUAAUCCUAGACAUGGAAGAAGCAUCAUCCUUUCCCAAAUGACUGACAGAGUCACCAUUUACAGCCAAUAAAGAUGUCAAAGACAAAUGAAUAACUCAUCAUUACCAUUGUGCUGUAUGUCCCCCUGUGUAUCCAAAGAAAAGAGGAGUGCAGAACAUGCUAUUCUAAAACCUUAAAUGUUUGAUUGCUUCAUCUGGGAUGACAUUUUUAUCAAAAAUGUUAUGUAACCUGUUAAUUACAUGACAGGAACAUAGGCCUUUGCCACAGGAUUUAUUAUUUAGCAGUCUGCAUAUAAUUUAUUCUGCCAGCUUGGUUGAGGAAAAAAUUGAAGUAUUUUAAUUUUAACCUAGUAAUUAUGAAAACGUAGUACUGUUAUGACCUGGGUUCAUAAUGACCUGGGCCUUUCUUUCUAUUCUUCUUAUGUCAAGU